GCUCUCUCUUGUUCCAUCGCUCAUCACAAUGGCGAACGGUACAGCUCCGGCACUGGCGACACCCAAGGCCAACGGCGUCCCGAAGGGAGCGGCAUCAGCAACGAAGCGCGUCCUCCCGACGUGGACGCGCGCCGACAUCGCCCAGCGCAUCUGCGCAGGCGCACAGCUCGUGCUGCGCGGCGACACGGUGCUGAACGUAUCCUCGUGGGCGGCGUACCACCCCGGCGGGGCGCUGGCGCUCGCGCACUUCGUGGGCCGCGACGCGGUAGACGAGAUCGCGGCCUACCACUCGCACGGCACGCUGGCGGGUAUGGGACGGUACGCGGUUGCGCGCGUCCAUGCCGCCGACUACACGGCGGAGGCGGGGUGGGCGCCGCUCACGCCGCCGAUUGCGCUCGGCCUCGUCCCGCACCCCGACGGGACGCGCGGCCACUGGGCGCGCGAAGGCCAGAUCCGGCUCGCGAUGGAGGUGCUGGACGGCGUGGGCGCGGAGGGCAUUCGCGAAGUCAAUGCGCGCCCGAUGGGCCUCGAGGUCGUCCGGCUUACGCCGCAGAUGAUGGAGCCGGUGCCGGUGCCGCAGGUCGACCGCGUGCGGGAGCACGCGCGCUCGAAGGCGUACCAGCGCCUCAAGGCGCGGUUGGAGGACGCGGGAUACUUUAAGCGUCCUGGCGCGCUCAGCGGGUACAGCAGCGACAUUGCGCGCUACCUCCUCCUUGCGGCUGCGUCGGCGUAUCUCUUCAUGCAUGCUGGAGGGUGGGCGGCGAUGAUGGGGAGUGCGGCGCUCCUCGGCUUCUUCUGGCAGCAGUUGACUUUCUUGGCUCACGACGCCGGCCACUCGGGCAUCACGGGCGACUGGUGGUGGGACCGCGUGACGUGCAUGCUUGUUGCGGACUGGAUUGGCGGGCUGAGCGCCGGGUGGUGGUGCAACAACCACGACAUCCACCACCUCGUGACCAACCAUCCCGAGCACGACCCGGAUAUCCAGCACAUGCCCUUCUUCGCGAUCACUCCCCAGUUCUUCCGCAAUCUCUGGAGCACAUACUACAAGCGUGUGGUGGCGUUCGACGCGCCCGCCCGCUUCCUCCUCGCCUUCCAACACCGGGUGUACUACCUCGUGCUCUCGCUCGCGCGCUUCAACCUGUACGCGCUGAGCUACGGCUUCCUCGCGACCAAGGCGCCGCGCGACGCCUUCUUCGCGUUCGAGGUCGCCGGCCUCGUCUUCUACUGGACAUGGUACGGCGCGCUGCUGCGCGCCGUCGCGGCCUUCGGCGGCGCCCGCAUGGCCCUCGCCUACGUCGCCGUGUCGCACAUCUGCGCGUCGCCCGUACACGUCCAGAUCGUGCUGAGCCACUUCGCGUGUAGCACCGAAGACUUGGGGCCAAGCGAGUCGUUCGUGUCCCGCCAGCUCCGGACGACCAUGGACGUCGUGUGCGGCGAAAACAUCGAGUGGAUCCACGGCGGCCUGCACCAGCAGGUCACGCACCACCUCUUCCCCCGCCUCCCGCGGCACCACCAGCGCAAGGCGAGUCUGGUGGUCAAGGAGUUUUGCGAGGAGCAGGGGCUUACGUUUAUCGAGUACGGCUGGAUCCGCGGGAACGCCAUGGUCCUCGAUACGCUGCGCGACGUCGCGAACCAGCUGGCCAUCCUCAAGCGCGUCGCGGAUAAGGAGGUCGCGGAGAAGAUGCAGUAGUCGGAGACGGGAGAGGCCAGAGGGGGAGGAAUCUCGUGGCCAUCUUGCAGCAGCACUGAUAGACCACUUAGAUAUGUGUAGACGGAAUGUAUUCUUGUUUGUGUUCC